AUGAACGCUACAUACGCGUAUUGGGCUUCCAGCUGCCUCUUGACUUUAUUUAUUUCAUUUUUACUACUUGGAUCUAGUUCAGCAUCAGUAGCUCAAGAAAGCACGCCCAGACAACAAGACGAAUUGCCUGUGCAAAAGAUUAAAGUGUACGAUGGUGUUUAUGUGGAAGUGCCCAAAGGAAAUGAUACGAAAAAACUGCUUUCGUUCGAAAUUCAAACAUCCAAUGAUUCGGAGACGGAAACAGGUCGUGGAAAGAAGCAAAAAAAGUUAAUGCAAAAGAUACUGCCAAUGUUCAUUAUACCAUUCCUCAUCCAAUCGACGAUAGUGCCGUUCUUUCUGAGUAUUCUUAAAUUCAUGUUACUCAAGUCACUAAUGGUUGGAAAGUUAGCGUUGGCCCUUAUUGUGUUAAACGCUUUUAAGAAUAGUAAUUCGUUCAAAGGAAGGCACGAUGCCGAAAUAGCGAAUGUACAUUAUGGUUACCAUGGCAAUGGCAUGGAAGAAUAUGGUGCAUAUAUUAAUUAA